AUGAAGCUUCUCAUUUUGGUAGCCGCCGUGGUAGUCGCCUUUGCCGAACCGAUUCACAGAUCGAAUGAACUCCCAACGAUGUGCUCGCUCUGCAACGAUGCAGUGAAUGUAGUUGUCAAAAUGAUGGACAGGUCACUACCGGAAAUUGAAAACGUGUUCAUAAUCCAAUGCUCGGAGCUGCUCAGCUUCCUACCGUUUGGUGGAAUGGAGUGUCAGCAGAUCGCACAUGGUAAAAUCCCGAAGAUCAAGGAAUUCCUCGAAUCAGGAACUGCUGCAAAGGAUGUCUGCAGCAAGUUGAAGGCGUGCUGA